UUCUAAAUUAAAAUCACCCGUCAGAAUUCAGAUCACCUCACCCAACUAAUUUUCUCCUACCUUACCUCACUUUUUAUACCAGUCUCAAACAUUUUGUGGGAAAUAACGCCCGCCAUUGAAGAAAACUACUCGUUCUCUCACUCUCUCUACUCUAAUGAGGGAGAACAUGAACAUAAACAUGAACAUGAAUUGGGAUGAUUGGGUUGAAGCAGCGCUUUCAAAGUUAGAGUCUUUGAAAUUGCUUCGUUCUCUCAGACCCAUCAAUGUAUCCAACAAUUCCUCCAAUUUUCAUGCUCAUGAAUACAAGGUGUUCGACGGUUUGCGUGAAUGGGAUCGAACUUCUGUUGAAGUUAUGAUUUCUGAGUCUACAUUUCGCAAUUGGCUCAAUGACAUUCCCAGUUGCGGAUCAAUUGAAGUGCCUAAAGGUGAAGAGGCAAAUGAAGGAGGAGAAUUAUGCUCUGGCAAUGGGAGAAAGCUCUUGUUGUUCUCUGGAAAUGAUUACUUGGGCUUGAGUGCUCAUCCGACUAUUAGAAUGGCGGUUGCUAAGGCAGUCCAAGAGCACGGGAUGGGUCCAAGAGGCUCUGCAUUGAUAUGUGGUUAUACAGAUUAUCAUGGGCACUUGGAGGCAUGUUUAGCAGAGCUAAAGAAGAAAGAGGAUUGUCUUCUUUGUCCUACGGGCUUUGCUGCAAAUAUGGCCUUCAUGGUUACAGUAGGAAGCAUUGCCUCUCUCUUGGCUCCUGGCAGAAUUCCUCUGAGCACUGAAAAAAUUGCUGUCUUUUCUGAUGCCCUUAAUCAUGCAUCAAUUAUUGAUGGUCUGCGCCUUGGCGAACGAUUACACUGUAUAGAGACCUUUGUCUACCGACAUUGUGACAUGUCACAUCUUGAUGCACUUCUCUCAGAUUGCAAAAUGUCUAAGAAGGUUGUCGUGACUGAUAGCUUAUUCAGUAUGGAUGGAGACUUCGCACCAAUGACUGAGCUAGUAAACCUUCGUGAGAAGCAUGGUUUUCUGUUGGUUAUUGAUGAUGCUCAUGGAACAUUUAUAAGUGGCAGAGGUGGUGGGGGAGUGGCGCAAGAGUUUGAUUGUGAAAGCGAUGUUGAUAUAUGUAUUGGCACUUUAAGUAAGGCAGCAGGUUGCACUGGAGGUUUUUAGCAUGCAGGUACCAAAAGAUGGAAACAGCUUAUUAUGUCCAGGGGCCGUUCUUUUAUAUUUUCCACUGCUAUGCCUAUACCAAUGGCCGCUGCUGCCCAUGCUGCUGCAUUUGUUGCUGAAAAAGAAGCCUGGCGUAGAAGUGCAAUCCAAGAACGAGUGCAAGACUUCAAAGACCUCACUGGAAUUCCGAUUACAAGUCACAUCGUCUCAAUAAUAGUGGGAAGUGAAGAGAAGUCCUUGCUAGCCAGUCGGCAUAUGCUGAAAUCUGGAUUCCAUGUUACUGCGAUUAGACCACCAACCGUGCCUCCUAAUUCAUGCAGACUGAGAAUAACUCUGAGUGCUGCACAUACAAGGAAGGAUGUGAAGAAGCUCGCUGCUGCAUUGUCUCGCUGCAUAAAGUUUCAAAAUGUUGAUAUUGAGAGUUCAGAAUUACUAGCAAAACUAUGAGAUAUUGCCUUUUUAGUAUCUAAUCUCUUCUACUUCUUGAUUACAUUACGUCACAUCUAGUUCUAGAGCAGGUCAGAUUUUGUCCUCGAUAUUCUUUGAUGGACGACUUUGAUUUACAAUGUAAUUUAGAGGGAAAUGUGACAUGGGUCAUAAUUAGUUAAUUACUAUCUUGAUCAAAAACGUGUACAUGGGAUUUUAUAAGCAUGGGCAGAACUACAUGAACAUUUGGGAAUCUUUUACAAAUUGAGAUUUUUGUAAAUUCUCUCAUAAAAUUGAUAAAUCGUAGUCGGAA